GAAACUACGGCUCGAUAAGCAGCGUCUCAGGCGUUUCCUCUGCUUCAACAAAGGCGGAACUAUAAAUAUUCAGACGACGUUGUGAUCUUUCGAAUUACGAAAUCAAAUAAAGUCUCGUUCUUUAUACUGGGCAAUCGCUUUAAGACCAUCGCAAGGUCGAAUCUCGUGAGAAAAACCCCUCAAGCUUGUUUAGUCACCGAUUACUCUGAAAUUGAAGUGUGAAAAAAAUGGGAAAGGAUCAACAUAAUCACAGUGACAGAGGAUUCUUCCACCACUUAGCAGGGUUUGCAGGCGGACAUUACCGGCCUCACAGUCAUGGUUAUGGUCAUCACGGUCACGGUUAUGAAGCUCCUUAUCCAUACCCGCCUCCUCCCCCUCCUCAUCAUGGCUAUCCACCAGUUGCUUAUCCUCCACACGGUGGUUACCCUCCAGCCGGUUAUCCUCCCGCUGGCUAUCCUUCUCACGGUUAUCCAUCUCAUGGCUAUCCCGGUCCAUCUCACUCAGGACAUCACCAUGGAGGCAUAGGAGCAAUUAUAGCGGGUGGAGUGGCUGCAGCAGCUGGUGCUCACCAUAUGUCUCACCAUGGACACUAUGGUCAUCAUCAUCACGGUCACGGCUAUGGCUACGGUUAUCACGGUCACGGAAAGUUCAAGCACGGAAAACGCUGGAAGCAUGGCAUGUUUGGGAAGCAUAAGGGGAAAUUCUUCAAGAAAUGGAAGUGAUUGUUUUCCAAAAGACCAUAUAUUAUCAUUACAUAACAAUAAAAAUCAAGUCUCUGAAAUUGCAUAGUGAAUUCCGAGCCUAGAGAUUAGAAAGUUGUGAUCUUUCUUUCUGUGUUUGGUUUGUAUGAAGCUUGUAUAAAUAAAGUUUGCCCCUUUAGGUAGUUGGAAACAGAGAUCCACUUGUUUGAAAACGAUCACUCUUUAAUAUUGUUGUUGAUGUGGAAUCUUCACAAUAAACGUCUUUCCUUUUUA